UCAUUUUGUCAUACGUCAAAUCCAAGUUCAUUGUUAUUGAUUAUUUAGAUGAACCGAAUACUGAUAUGAUUUACUACGAAUAAAUGUAAUAGUUAUCUGUUUUAUUCAGUAUCUAACAGUUCUUUGUAGACCUGAGAAACGUAAUAUAGAAUGGCAAACGACAGAGAAGUCUUACGAGAAAUCUGGGACGGAAAACUUCCAGUAUGCUUUCAGCUGGACCAAGAAGAGAUUAUGGAAAUUCAGCAACCAGAUCCCUUUUAUGUGAUGGUUCCUCGGCUUAGUUACUUUCCACUUGUAACGGAUAAGAUGAAGAGACAUUUUUUACGCUUUAUAUCUCAAGAAAACGCUGAUAAUGAAAUGUGGCUUGAUUAUAAUGGACAACCUUUAAAAUGGCACUACCCUAUUGGUUUUCUAUAUGAUCUCUAUUGUGGGAAUGAUCCACAAAUGCCUUGGAAUUUAACAGUACACUUUAGCAAAUUUCCUGAAAAUGUUUUACUUCACUGUCCCAACAAAGACAUAGUUGAAGCUCACUAUAUGUCAACUGUAAAAGAGGCAGAUGUUUUAAAGCAUCGGGGACAAGUUAUGUCUGCUAUGCAGAAAAAAGACCACAAUCAGUUAUGGUUGGGAUUACAAAACGACAAAUUUGAUCAAUUCUGGGCCAUUAACAGAAGGCUCAUGGAAUCUCACGGUGACAAUGAGGGAUUUAAACAUAUACCAAUGCGAAUUUACUCAGAAGAUGGAACAUGCAAUCAACGUCUAAUUAGUCCAAAGAAUAUUGAUGGAAGCAGGAAAAUAGUUCAACAACUUAUAUCUGAAUUGUAUCCUGAUAAACCUGAUGUUAAAUUAAGAACACAUGGUAUAAACAUUCCAAUUGACACACCACUCCAAUGGCUGUCUGAACAUAUGAGCUACCCUGACAACUUUCUGCAUGUGUGUCUAUGUUAAUAACAUAAAAAUGACUGUGAUUAUUUAAAAGUAAAUUAUAUAUUAUCAUCAUGUGCUAUAAAUUGUUUUCUUAUAUUAUUUGCAUUUUCAUUUCUUCCUAAACUGGCACAAGAUUAAUUUUUAAGAUAAUUUUUAACACAAGACAAAUUAUUUAAGAUCAAUACUGAUGCAUGGACCUUAGUAGCAAAAUAAAUUAUAACAAUACAACAUAAUGACAUAACAUGUAUUUAACCCAUAAAUUAAAUUAUAUUUACAAUAAAAUGUUGAUGAAUUAGAUUGAAAAGAAAAGAUGAAA